AUGUCUGCAAACCAGCUUGUUCCCCUGCCCCAGGGUGCCGGCUAUGGCGUCGUCGUCGGCGUUGGCUUGGCCUUUGGCAUUGGCAUGGUAUUGGUGAAUCGCUUCCUCGAGAGAUUCCUGAACGAGCGAUCUGAUCACACGGAGAUGUUCAUGGUAGCAAACCGUAGCAUUGGCACUGGACUGACUGCGUCUGCCGUCAUCUCGUCAUGGAUGUGGGCAACUGCUAUUGUUUGGACCGUGGCCCAGGGUUAUCUCUAUGGCAUCGCCGCCCCCUUCUGGUACGCAGCUGGCUGCUCCAUCCAGAUUGCUAUCAUGACUGUUCUUGCAAUCCAUGCAAAGGUCAAAGUACCUAACGGUCAUACUGUUCUUGAAAUUGUUCGUCUGCGAUACGGUACGACUGCACAUAUUGUCUACAUUUUUCUGUGCUUCGUCACCAACCUGCUAUCGGUAACUUCAAUGAUUCUCGGUGCUGCUGGUGUCAUUACUGCCCUGACGGGUAUGGACAUUGUUGCGUCUACGUUUCUCCUCCCGCUCGGCGUCAUGGUAUACACCGUUGCCGGGGGACUCAAAGCAACUUUUCUCACAGACUAUCUCCAUACUUUAAUUGUGAUGGUGAUUCUCUGCUGGCUCAUGAUCAAGGCCUUCAACAAUCCUGCCAUCUCGGGUCUAGAUGCAUUCUACAAUGUUUUGGUAGAGGAAUCAAAGAACAGGAAUAUUGAAGGAAACUACAAAGGGUCUAUCUUGUCAUUCAAAUCAAAAGGCUCUAUUAUCUUCGGACUGGUUCAUUCCUUUGGUGAUUUUGCUCUAGUGAUCAUGGAUACGAGUUUCUGGCAGAAAGGGUUUGCUGCAGACACAGCGGCCGCAAUGCCAGGGUACAUGCUCGGUGGCAUUUCAUAUUUUUCCGUCCCUUGGGCCGUUGGCACCACUGCUGGUCUUGCCGCAAUUGCAUUGGAGAAAAGAUCCAUUUUCCCUACCUAUCCAAGGGCAAUGACAACCGCGGAAAUAAACGCAGGAUACGUACUUCCAUACACUGUCAUGGCCAUCGCCGGAAAAGGUGGCGCAGCCGGGUUGCUCCUCGUGGUCUUCAUGUGUGUAACGAGCACCACAUCAGCCGAGUUAAUCGCUGUGUCCAGUAUCUUCUCCUUUGAUGUGUACCGCACCUAUAUCAACCCCAACGCCUCAGAUAAACAGGUCAUCCGUGCGUCUCACUGGACGGUCAUCGUAUUCGGUAUCUUUGUAUCUGGCUUCGCGACGGCGUUGCACUAUGGAGGCAUCGAUCUGAACUGGAUGGGAUAUUUUUUGGCAACUAUUAUUUGUCCUGGAAUGUUUCCAUUGGCUUUUACUAUUCUAUGGAGGAAACAGUCCGCCGCUGCGGCAAUCAUGGCGCCUAUCUUGGGCUUGGCUACCGGAAUCGGAGUCUGGCUUGGAACCGCCUACGUGUAUGGUGGCGAGCUCUCUGUCCUCACCACGGAAGCCCAACUGCCCUGCCUAUGGGGAGCGCUUUCUUCGACAUUCUCCUCGGCUGUCUAUUCUGUGAUCAUCACUCUUAUCAGGCCCGAGAACUUUGAUUGGCGCGUUUUCCUACUCCUAACAGAAGUCAAAGAUGAGGAUAGCACUUCCCCCGAUGGCGGCAGUCGUACCACAAAUUGGAUACUGGACACACAAGACUUGGACAGCGUAGAGCACCCAUUGCCGCCAGAGGAAGUGAAGAGAAUGAACCGAGCAGCGGUCAUUGCUAGUAUUUUCAGCGUCGUUGUCGGCCUUCUCACUUGGGUGGUAUGGCCGUUACCAUUGUAUCGUGACUAUAUCUUCAACGCACCCUUCUUCAAAGGCUGGACGACCGUUUCCAUGGUUUGGCUAUUUUGGUGUCUACUUGUUGCCGUCGUCUAUCCCAUAAUUGACGGGAGAAAGGUCCUCUGGAAGGCUACCCGACUUGCCUGGACAGCGAUGACAGAAAAGAGGUCGAAGAAUUUUGUGGACGGAGGCCAAUACCAAGAUUACUCGUCUGAGCAUACUCUGCAGAAGACGCCUUCUGAGACCGUGAAAGCGGGUUGA